AUGGUGGCCCCACAGAAAAAUUUUUGUUUGGCAUCCCAUCCCUAUUAUACCAUAUGCCUGUGGAUUAUACAUAUUAUAAACAAUAUGGUGGAUUCCACUAACUUUGAUGUUUUAAACGGGUAUGCUGGAGGAUUUAGACCCUUUCGUCGCCGCAAAGAUAAGAGAGAGAAGGUGCAGCUUUAUAUUCCUUUUAAUCUCUUGAACGACUUGACUCUCAAAAUCAUACCUUGGGGUUUUGUUUUUUUUUUUUUUGGUGAUGCGAUAAGAUGAGAUGGAGAAUCCUAUCUAUAGGGUUGCUAGCGUUUCUUUUCACCGCCAUGUUGGUGGUUUGCAGAGCCAAGAAAGACGAAGGUUGCUACUCUUCAUGUGGUAACAUCUCCAACAUCAGCUUCCCUUUCGGCUUGAAAGGCGAUCCUUGCAACUGCGGCUACCCUGAAUUCCAACUUUCUUGUGAAAGCAAUCGAACUGUAUUACAUCUCCAUUCUAAUAAGAAAUUAUGGGUCGAGGCGAUUGAUUACAAGAACAAGACCAUCCGAGUCAUUGAUUCCAGUCUACAAAGCAAUGACUGUUCCUCUCUCCCUCACAACUCCAUGACGAGCGAAGACCUUAUAGGCGGCGAUCCAUACAUCUUGCCUUCGUAUCCUACCAAUACGAUAUUUGUGAAUUGCUCAGUUCAGAUGGACAAAGAUCCUGCUUCAUACAUAGCUACCACAGGUUGCUCAAAUUCCACCUGUGGGGCAUACAUCUAUGUCCUUGGGCGUUCGAUGAUGCUGCCCAAGCUCCAUCCAUCUUGCAAAGUUGUAGCCAAAGCCCCUACAAUGUUGGAAAUGGAGAGUGCCGGAAAGUCUAAUUAUAGAGAAAUUCAUGAUAGAUUGAUGAAGGGUUUUGAACUAUUUUGGUAUAUUCCUCUCUUAUGUCGCAACUGUUGGGCAACAGGCACUCGAUGUACCAUCUAUAUGCAAGGAAGGGUGGAAGUCUUUGAGGAAGUCCUUGGGGAUCCCUGUUACAAUCCUUGCAGAACUAUCUUCCAAUCCAAGCAUUGCUUGUUUUGGAUCUUAAGGAGAAAUUAUGCCACAUAUCACGGCGAAAUUUACCGUCGCAUAUUUUUCUAUAUGCUUGUUUUAGUGACGGGGAGAACAUUCAUCGGAAUAGUGUGCCUUAUCGCCCUCCUGGUAUAUAAAUUACAAAGGAGACAUAUAUGGAUGGACACCACAGUAGAAGAGUUCUUGAGCAAGUACAGAUGCCAAACUCCUGCAAGGUACUCUUAUUGGGAUAUUCGAAGGAUGACCAUGCAUUUUAAAGAGAAAUUAGGCCAAGGAGGUUUUGGCUCCGUUUACAAAGGAAAGCUCAGAAAUGGCCCACCCGUUGCGAUCAAGAUGUUGUCUAGUAAGUCAAAAGGCAAUGGGCAAGAAUUCAUCAAUGAAGUUGCUACGAUUGGAAGGAUUCAUCAUGUCAAUGUGGUCCGACUCAUUGGAUUUUGUGCGGAGGGAUCGAAAAGGGCUCUUAUCUAUGAAUUCAUGCCUAAUGGCUCUCUAGAAAAAUAUAUAUAUUCCCAUGAAGGUAAGAGCAGCCCUUUGAGUUGGGAGAAGAUGUACCAGAUUGCAUUGGGGAUUGCAUGCGGGAUUGAAUAUCUUCAUCAAGGUUGUGACAUGAAGAUUCUACAUUUUGACAUCAAGCCUCACAACAUUCUCCUCGACGAUAACUUCAACCCAAAAGUUGCCGACUUUGGGCUCGCAAAGUUCUACGCAACAGAUGAAAGCCAUUUAUCAGUCACAGCUGUAGGAGGAACUCUAGGAUAUAUGGCUCCUGAACUAUUUUAUAAAAAUACCAGGCAGGUCUCAUAUAAGUCUGAUGUUUACAGUUUUGGAAUGCUUUUGAUGGAAAUGGCUGGUAGAAGAAAGAACGUGAAUCCAUCUGCAAACUUAAGCCAAAUUUACUUCCCGUUGUGGAUAUAUGACAAGCUCGAUCAAGAUGGGGAGAUGGGAAUGGAGGAUGCUGCUGAGGAUGAAAAGGAAAUUGCAAAGAAAAUGGUUAUAGUUGCACUGUGGUGUAUACAGAUGAAACCUGCAAACCGUCCUUCCAUGAGUAAAGUUAUAGAAAUGCUAGAAGGUAGUGUGGAACUUCUGCAAAUGCCAGCCAAGCCUUUUCAUUCUUCCCCACAAAGGGUUCCUGAUGAAGAUCAUGCAACUGAUACAAAUCCCACAGAAUCAUCGAGUAUUGAGGAACUGGGAUUGCUCUCGGAAAAUUAUGAGGUAUCGAAUAACUUAGAUGUGAUUAUAGAUUAAGUUGUGAUACUUUGACUAUCAGAACAAUAAAUUAAAGUUUUAGAUAUUUGGUACAAGAAACUUAUCAAGUAUGUAUAAUGAUGUAUGUAUUGGUUUUAAUCCUAGUUCUUUUCAUACAUAUGUAAUGUUUUUGUAAUAAUGUAACUUGCAAGCAUUAAAGGUCAUCUUUCCAUAUACUGACUUGAUGACUCGUGACUUUGGUUUGUGGAAA